GGAAGUACACGUCGUGUUUUUCCAUAGGAGAUCCAUGUUUCCUUUGCUGGUACACACUGAGAAAAGGAAGCAAGCAACAGAUGUAUGCUGUUGUCUGCAGAUGUCCUUUAGAUGCCUGAAGCAUAAGAGGAAGAGCCUUCAGCUGUUGGAUUUUCUUUGAGCUGCCAAGUUCAUUUUGCGGAGCUAACUGGACUAAAGAAGCCAUUACGGACCACCAGCACAGCAGCAGCAGAGGAAAUGGCUGCUAGAGACCCUCUUUCAGAAGAAGAGCUUUCAUGUCCUGUGUGCUAUGACAUCUUCAGGGAUCCUGUUGUUCUGUCGUGCAGCCACAGUGUGUGUAAAACCUGCCUGCAGCAGUUCUGGGCCACUAAGAGGUCUCGACAAUGUCCAAUUUGUAGAAGAAAAUGCCCCUUAAAAUCUGAGCCCCCCUGUAACCUCGUACUGAAGAACGUGUGUGAGGCUUUUCUAGAGAGCAGGAGGCAGAGAUCUUCAGCAGGGUCUGAGGGGCUCUGUGUUCUGCACAAUGAGAAACUCAAACUCUUCUGUCUGGAUGAUCAGCAGCUCAUGUGUGUGGUGUGUCAGGCCUCACAAAUCCAUAGAAAUCACAGCUGCUGUCCAACAGAUGAAGCUGUGCACACUUUCAAGACAGAACUCCAGACCACGUUAGAGUCUCUACAAGAGAAACUGAAACUCUUUGAGGAAACGAGACAAGACUAUGACCAAACAGCCGCCCACAUUAAGACGCAGGCCCAGCACACAGAGAGGCAGAUAAAGGAGGAGUUUGAGAAGCUUCACCAGUUUCUAAGAGAUGAAGAAGCAGCAAGGAUAGCUGCACUGAAGAAGGAAGAGGAGCAGAAGAGUCAGAUGAUGAGGAGGAAGAUUGAGGAGAUGAAUAGAGAAAUCUCAGCUCUUUCAGACACGAUCAGGAACAUAGAGAAGGAGAAGGAGGCUGAGGACAUUCCGUUCUUACAGAAAGUCCAGUCGACAAUGACUCAAGUCAAGAGCACGCCAGAGGAUCCUCAGAAGACACCAGGAGCUCUGAUCAAUGUUGCACAAUGCAUUUCCAACCUGAAGUUCAGAGUGUGGAAGAACAUGCAGGAGAUUCUCCAGUACACCCCUGUUACUCUGGACCCCAACACUGCACAUCAAGCCCUCCACCUGUCUGAUGAUCUCACUGCUGUAGUGAGCAGAAAUGAGGAAUUAAUGCUUCCUAAUAAUACCGAGAGAUUUGAUUGGUGCAAGUGUGUUUUGGGCUCUGAGGGGUUUAACUCGGGCACUCGCUGCUGGGACGUCCAGGUUGGAGAUACCGCUCGCUGGGAAGUGGGAGUGAUAGCAGAGUCUAUUCUGAGAAAGGGAGGAUCUCUCUGGGGUGGUGUGUGGGCUCUGGGCUUUAACAGCACUGAUAAAUACUGGGUACGCUGUCCAGGCCAGCCACUCCAGUUCCUCAAAACAAAAGAGAAGCUGCAGAGGGUCCGAGUGCAGCUGGACUGGGACAGGGGGAAAGUGACCUUCACUGAUCUUCUAACCAGCACACACCUGCACACUAUAACACACACUUUCACCGAGAGAGUUUUACCGUUAUUCCGAAACUGGAGUGUUCACUAUGCGCUCAAAAUCUUACCACUGAGGUCGUCCGUAACAGUGGAACAGCACAGAUGAAGACCAUGUCAAUAGGAAUCCGGUCAGAAUACUGUUGUUUAUAUGUGCAGUAAUGUGACGGUUUGAAUCACACUGUGUAGAAACAUCAGUGGUCAAAUGAAUCUAAAACACGCUUACAGAUGAGCUUCCUGAGGCCUCUUUUAAAUCAUCACGGAUAAUGGAUUAUCCACCAGGCCUAUUCAACUGAUCCUCUGAGCCCAAAGAGCCUUGAUGGAUUAUGAACCAGUCCUCUGGGACUCUGAGCCACUCAGUCACUCAUUUUAUUUGACUGAAAAUUCUCCACAAGAGGGCGAUAAUAGCCAUCAUAAUAGCUUCUGAUGCUUAUUGCGUGGAGCUUUGCUUCAGUGACUUUGAGUCAAUGUUAUUAAAGGAGCAAACAGGCAAAACAGAAGAAAACUUGCAAAGUUCAGUCUCGGAACCGUGGACUGACCACCCCAGAGCCCAGAACUUAACAUUAGUUUGAGAUUUCUUGGAUUGUAAGAAACAGAAAAUGAAGAUCCUCUGAGCCCAAAGAGCCUUGAGCUGUGUAUUUUUAUGAGAUGUGUACCUCAUGGACCUGGCCUGGAACUCAAUUCCUCACUCACUCCGUCACUGAUUUUAUUACACAUUCUCCACAAGGGGGCGACAUUAGCUGUCACAAUAGCUUUGGAUGCUUAUUGAGUGGACCUUUGCAUCAGUUACAGAGGGUCAGUGUUAUUAAUGGAGAAAACAGACAAAACGAAAGAAAUUAGCGAACAAAACUUUUUUUUGAGAACAGCUGCUGUUCUCAGGACAAUGGACUGACCACCCCAGAGCCCAGGACUCAACUUUACAUUAAGAUUGCUUGUUAUUAUUUUUGUACUGCAUAAUUUUGUUAUUAUGUAUUAGAUUAUGUAGAACUUUCCUUUUAUUAAUGACAAUUAAGUCAUUAAAAAACCUCACUGUUGCUUUUUGUCAUACAUGUAUUUAUAAUGAAAUAUAAAAAUCAGUAUCAAUAUAAAAUCAGUUAUACAGACUGAUGUCAAGAUGGAUAAAAAUCAUGUAUAGUACACAGAGUGAUUCAAAAAGAUUCAUCUGAUUUCAACCUGAUGUAUUUCCCUUACAUUACUCAUUACAGAACAAUGCAAUAAAUUGUAAAUGGUUUACAUGA